AUGUGGCCGCUGCCAGCCGUAGCCGCGGCCUGCGUGUGCGCGCUCGCGGCCGCGGCGCUGUGGUUGCUCCGCCGGCCGCUGCGGCGCUGGCGGCGCCUCGUCGCCUUCUCCGCGCAGCUGGCGGGCCCGGCGCUGCCGCGGCUCUCCCUGGGCGAGGACCCGCUGGCGGCGUUCGCGGACGCCUGCCGCCGCUACGGCACGCCCUGCAGGGUGUGGGUGGGCGCGCGGCUGUACGUGCUGCUGACCGACCCGGAGCACGCGGCGGCCGUGCUGGGAGGCGGCGGCGGCGGCGGGGGCGGCGGCUUCCACGAGAGGGCCGGCCUCCGGCAGUGGGACGCCCUGCGGCCCUUCACAGGGCGCGGACUCGCCACCGCGGCAGCGGGGGACGGCUGGAGCCGCAGGCGGAGACUGGUGGAGCAGACGCUGACGCCGCAGUGGGUGCAGUCACAGAGCGGCUGGCUGCGCCGGGUGGCGGACCGGCUGGUGGCAGCCCUGCAGCAGGUGGCGCCCCCCGCAGAGCAGCAGCUGCAGGUGCUGAAGGAGCUGCGCGCCUGCACGCUGGACGCCCUGGCCGGCUCGCUGCUGGGACAGCAGGCGCGCGCCACGGGCCGCCCGCCGGCCGGCUUCCCCCACCACUUCCUGCAGGCCACGCAGCUGAUCGACCAGCAGGCCGGCCGCCAGCCGGCGCUGCUGUCGCCUCUGCGGCUGCUGUCUCUGGCGGGCGGUGGGCAGGCCGGUCCGCGGCUGGUGCGCCAGCUGCGAGGCUACAUCGACGCGGCCGUCGACACCGCGGCGCACAGCUCGACGCGCGGCCAGGAGCGGCACAUCGCGCUCAGCUGGGAGCGCGCAGCCGACAGCGGCGACGACCCGGACAGGCUGCCCGGGUCGGCGCUGGAGCAGCUGCUGUCCGCGACCGAGGACCGCCGGCUGGUGAGCGAGGAGCUGGCCUCGCUGCUGCUGGUGGGCCAGCCCGCCACGGAGGCGGCGCUCUGCUUCACCCUGCAGCUGCUGGCGCUCCACCCGCAGGUGCAGACAGCGGCGGCGCGGGACGAGCAGCUGCUGCGGCGCGCUGUGCUGGAGUCGCUGCGGCUGUUCCCGGUGCAGCCGCUGCUCGCCCGCCAGCUGUCCGAGGACGUGAAGCUGCCGCCGGCAGGUGGCCGGGGCCAGCUGCUCCUGCCCCAGGGCUGCAUCGCCGUCGUCUGCUCGCCUCUCACACACCGUGAUCCCGAGCACUGGCCCGACCCGGACGCCUUCCAGCCCGACAGGUUCCUGGAGGAGCACGAGGCGCGCAGGCACCCGUUCGCCUACCUGGCGUUCGGCGGCGGCGCGCGGCGCUGUCCCGGCAGCGAGCUGUCGCUGCAGCUGCUGUGCGCCGUGCUGUCGCGCCUGCUGUCCGCCUUCCGCAUCGCCACCGCGGGCGACAGCCGCGACCACCUGCAGGACCUGCGCCUGCGCGCCGUGCUGUCCCCGCGGCGCGGCUUCCAGCUGCGGCUGCUGCCCAGGGCCUGAUCGCAGCCGGCGGCGGCUGCGCUCCGCUGCCACCGGGCUGUCACUGCAGCACCACAAGACAGUUUCCAGCUUCGCUCGUUCUCGAGUGUGUGGUAGAAGUGGUUACGUCAGCCUCAUAAGCUGUAAAAGACAAAAGCCACACGCUGUACGCAGUUAUUCGUACUUUGAACGUCAACGUACAAGAUCUCGAAACAGAAAGCUCCAAAUUUCCUCGUGCACCACUUUCGAGGGGUAUUCAAUAAGUAAUGGAACACAAUUUUUUCUGAUGGCAGGCUGGUUUUAUCCAGGAUUAUUUCCCACUCUUUUGGCUUCAAGACCCCUUUUUUUUCAGCGUUAUCUCCGUUCAAUACGACAGCCUUAUGCCACCUUACUGGGAGAGCCGGUGUGCUGAUGUGAUGUUACUCUACUGGUCGACGUCAGAGCCAAUGUCCUGCUGCGUCAGUAAGUUCCGCAUUAUCCAAGGAAUGCUUCCUUCAGUAUGGUCAAACAGAUGGAAGUUGGUAGAUACAAGAUCUGGGCUACAUGUUGAUCAGGAAGAGCAGUGCACUGAAGGUCUGUGCAUUCCUAUUGGAUGCCCAGACUUGUAUGAGGCCUUCCAUUGUCACGAAGAAGAAGUUUGUUUGGAUUUUUGUGGUGGCCAACAUGCUGAAGUCGUUUCUUUAAUUUCCAGGGUGAAGCACAAAUUUUAAGUCCACCAAAUGGUGGACAAACGUGUCAGCUCUACCAACAAUGCGUCCAGUUGAGCCUUAGGUGUUUGAUCACGAUCUG